UUUCGGUCUCCGGGUGACGGAGUUUUCCAUUUGUUUUAAUGGAAAUAAAAUCUCAUCCAAUUUUAAAUAAUGGUAAAUAAAUUGCGUAUAAUAAGUCAUAAUUUGGAAAGAGUUAUUUUAUCGCGUUAUGAAACGUUUUAAGCAGAUUAGUCUCUUGCAAUUCGUUGAUCAUUCACGAGUGAAGAAGACCAAGGGAGUACAGUUUGUUGAUAUUGAAUCCUUCAAAAUCACUAAAAUGGCUGAAGAUUCAUCUUUGGUCAAUAAAGAAUGUAAUGUAGAAUCUGAAGAGUCUGAUGCAACUGUUAAAGAGUUUCAUCACCAUUUUCUAAAAAUUGAAGAUUGCUGUUCAUCUUUAUCAGCAUUAAAGCCAUCACCAAAUCAUACUAUUCUCUUUGAUGUAAAUGUAGAAGACAUUCCAAAUGUUUCUUAUCCAGCUACAUACACUGAUAAAUGGGAAAAACAUUAUGUGAGAUUACCUUGUUCAUCUAGAAAUCUUUAUCCUGUAGAAGAAAAUGGAAAUGUUGUUAUAAAAAGCAGAUGGGAACUUAUAGAGAAAAGUUUACUCUCUGAUAUAAAAAAUUCGAAAGAUUUAGAAAGAGCAAUAUUAAGUUAUAAUAGUCAAUAUGAAAAUCAAUGGAAUAUGAAUGGUUUGCAUGAUUUUUUUGAAAAUGUAUUAAGUAAAGAAAAAACUUUGGAAUUUUUUACUUGUUUACUGCCAGCUAUGAUUUUACUUGCUUUGCAACUUCCUGUUUUAUGUACACAGCCUAUACCAUUAUUGGAAAGACGAAAAAAUCAUAAAAUUACACUUAGUCAGAUGCAAGUUGGAUGCCUUCUAGCCAAUGCCUUUUUUUGUACAUUUCCUCGUAGGAAUACAAAACAUCGAAAACAUACUGAUCCCGAAUAUAUCUGGUAUCCUGAUAUAAAUUUUAAUAGAUUAUUUAUUGGAACUAGAAAAGGUAUAGAAUCCAAGAGAGCAGAAAAACUAAAAUGUAUUCUAAACUAUUUCCAAAGAAUUACUUCAGAAAAACCUGAAGGGGUAAUUACAUUUCAUCGAAUAUAUCAUCAAGAAUCGCCAGAAUGGAGCCAAUCUAAAGAAAUUUUAAGAUCAAUGUUAGUUUCUUCAGAAGGAUUUAUAGAGAAAGAAGGAUAUGGAUUGUUACAGGUUGACUUUGCAAACAAAUUUGUUGGAGGUGGAGUUCUAGGGCUUGGAUUAGUUCAAGAAGAAAUUAGAUUUGUAUUAUGUCCAGAAUUAAUUCUUUCCAGAUUAUUUACAGAAAGAUUGGAUGCUACUGAAGCACUCCUUAUUACUGGUUGUGAACAGUUUAAUAAUUGUACUGGUUAUGGGAAUACAUUCAAGUGGGCAGGAGACUUUAAAGACAAUACCCCUCAUGACAAUUGGAAAAGAAAAUGCACAAAAGUAGUAGCUAUAGAUGCUCUAAGUUUUCAGACUGAGGAAGAUCAAUAUAAAAUUGAUAGAAUUAAAAGAGAAUUAAACAAGGCAUAUACUGGAUUUUCUGAAUCUGAAUUUGAUACGCUGCCUGCCAUCGCAACCGGUAACUGGGGUUGCGGAGUCUUUCGUGGCAAUCCCUGUUUAAAGUCACUCAUUCAGUUUAUGGCUGCUUCUCAAGCAGGAAGGGAUAUGAUAUAUUUUACAUUUGGUAAUCAUGAACUACAACAGGAUAUCAGUCAAAUGUACACAUUCCUCAAGGAGAAAUGUAAUACAGUUGGUGACUUAUGGAAAUUGUUAGAAGCAUAUUCGACUGCAUAUACAUUAAAAAAUGAAGAUGAUACUCCUGAAUUAUAUGAAUUUAUUUAUAGAACAUUAAAUAGGUAGAACUGUUGUGCAUAAUAUUAAAAAUAGUAAAUCAGCUGAAGAAUUACACAAUGGAGUUAUUGUUUCUGUAAAUCUUUCUGAAAGAAAUUUGUUCCUUUUUUUUUUUACAAGGAGAAAAAAUAGAAACGGAAUACUGCAUCAAAGAACAUUUCAAAUAAAAAAAAAAAUCAUGUUAUUUUUUUA